AUGCUUUCAUUCAAAUUCGCCAAAUCUGCCUCAAAGGUUAUUGGAAAUAGAAAUUUCCACUCAAGUUCUGCUUCUUUAGCAAAUACAACUAAAUUAUUUAUUAAUGGUAAAUUUGUUGAAUCAAAAACUAAAGAAUGGCUCGAAGUUAGAAAUCCAGCCACUCAAGAACUUGUAACUAAAGUACCAGUUUCAACUAAAGAAGAGAUGGAGGCCGCAGUUAAAGCAGCAUCAGAUGCUUUCCCAGCAUGGAGAGAUACAUCAGUUUCAAACAGAUCAAGAAUCAUUAGCAACUAUAAGAAUUUAAUCAAUAAAAAUAUGGAUAAAAUUGCAGCAAUCAUUACAGAAGAACAAGGUAAAACCCUCCCAGACGCAAAGGGUGAUGUUUUCAGAGGUUUAGAAGUUGUUGAACAUUCAGUCAAUGUUGCAUCAUUAAUGAUGGGUGAAACCGUUGAAAAUGUUUCAAAGAAUGUCGAUAUCUAUUCAUACGUUCAACCAUUAGGUGUUUGUGCAGGUAUCACUCCAUUCAAUUUCCCAGCAAUGAUUCCAUUAUGGAUGUUCCCAUUAGCAAUUGCAUGUGGUAACACUUUUGUUUUGAAACCAUCAGAACGUGUACCAUCAGCAUCCAUGUUUUUAGUUCAACUCGCACAAGAAGCUGGUGUACCAGAUGGUGUUGUCAAUGUUAUUCAUGGUGGUAAAGAAGCUGUAAACUUUAUUUGUGAUGCUCCAGAAGUUAGAGCCAUCUCAUUCGUUGGUGCCGAUCAAGCUGGUCGUCAUAUUCACGCUCGUGGUACUGCCAAUGGUAAACGUGUACAAUCUAACAUGGCUGCUAAAAAUCACGCCACCAUCGUCCCAGAUGCCCAUAAAGAACGUACUUUAGAUGCAUUGACUGGUGCUGCUUUUGGUGCCUCUGGUCAACGUUGUAUGGCUUUAAGUGCUGCUGUAUUCGUUGGUGAAUCUAAAAAUUGGAUUCCAGAAUUAGCUGAACGUGCCAAGAAAUUAAAGGUUGCAGGUGGUGCUGCACCAGGUGCUGAUUUAGGUCCAGUGAUUUCAGCAGCCUCAAAACAAAGAAUUCACGAACUCAUUCAAUCUGGUAUUGAUGAAGGUGCCAAAUGUAUUUUAGAUGGUCGUAACGUUGUCGUUGAUCCAGAAUUUUCAAAGGGUAACUUUGUUGGUCCAACCAUUCUCACUGAUGUCAAACCACAUAUGAGAUGUUACAAAGAGGAAAUCUUUGGUCCAGUUUUAGUUUGUCUCAAUGUUGAUACUGUCGAUCAAGCCAUUCAACUCAUCAAUGCUAACCCAUACGGUAAUGGUACUGCUGUCUUCACCUCAUCUGGUGCUGUCGCUCGUAAAUAUCAACGUGAAAUCGAUGUUGGUCAAGUUGGUAUCAAUUUACCAAUCCCAGUUCCACUUCCAUUCUUCUCCUUCACUGGUUCUCGUGGUUCUUUUGUUGGUGCUGGUCACUUCUACGGUAAGACUGGUGUUCAAUUCUUUACUCAAAUUAAAACAAUCACUUCAAACUGGAGAGAUGAUGAUAUUUCACACGGUGUUUCUUCAUCAAUGAAUAUGCCAAUUUUAGGUAAAAAUUAA